CCAUGAAUUACUGUAUUGAUCAAAUGCGCAUUGUUUGCUUUGUAAAGUCAUACUUUAGUUCGGAAAUGCGGUUUAACGUGCUGAAAUUGUCAUUAGAAACAAGGCAGCCACGUAAUGUUAAUGUUAUGUAAACAUAGUCAUUACAGAGUUUGGUUACAUAUAUAUAUAUAUAUUUGUGGCUAUUUAGGACCGUCAAAAAUCUGUAAAUCUGACUAUAAUAGGCCUAGGUGUCAUGUCUACUUAACGUUACUUUGAGGAAAUACGACCCUGAGUGAAUAAACAAAACAAAGGGGAGGGAGAGGGAAAGUAAGGAGUGGGAGAGACUGUGGAAAUAUUUGUGUGUGUGUAUAUAUAUAAAUCAGUAUAAAUCAGUUAAGUGCUAUAAAACAGUGCAAUCAAUUAUGUAACAAUUUUAUAAGAACAUAGCAUAAUUACAAUAUAAUGUUAUCCUAAAAUAUCUAGACAAGUAUAUAUAUACAUAUAUAUAUAUAUAUAUAUAUAUAUAUAUAUAUAUAUACAUACAUAUCUCUAUACAUGUCUAUAUUUUAUGUAAGUCUGUUACUGUUAGUGAAAGAUGACUUCUAAAAGUCACAAAGCUAUGGGGGAUGACGAGUGGAUGUCACGCCUAAAGAGGUUUGCUGCUUCUGGGAUCUGGCCCUCUGACGCAGGCAACCGGCCCGCACCCAGACAAAAGAAGUGGUAUGACCUCUAUCAGAAGAUAGAGAAGUGUCCACUGCAGUCCCGUGGACAAACCACUUUGUUUCGCGGGUAUCGGAGUUGCAACUGUGGAUUUCAUAUUAUCAGGGCCCCUAGUCAUCCUGUGACUUCAGUCACAACCACAGCCUCCCCCUCUUCCCCAGUACAGAGCCCUCGCCAACCUGCACUAACUUUGUCUAUGUUUGAUAGGCAACGUUUUGGUGGGACACACAGUGCUGUGGCCAAACCUAAUUUGGUCUCUCGUAAGCCAUGCCAGCCACUACCCUGCCCUGCCGUCACCUCAAGCAGCGCCAGCACUGGCAGUACAUCCAUCUACACUGUCAUCCCUUCCAGUCCUGAUGAGACCUACACCAUCACUCCUGGCACCCCUCGCACCCCUAGUCCUGGUGAGGUAUCUGUUAGGACCACCACUUCAGGUAGCCCUAGUCCUUCUGAGGCUGCUUUGAGGACCACUACUGCAGGCUGUAUUAGUCCUGCACAGACACCCACCACCAUGUCUACGGUUGUUGCCAGCUCUGUUGGUGAGGAUCUGGCUGGUCCUGCUUCUGCUUCAUUUUGGCUUCCUGUUGAGAUGAAGAACUCGAUUCCAGUGCAGGAUCAACGAUGGAUUGCCUCUGCCCUCUACCAUGCCUGGAAAGCUGCGCCCCAACUUAAAGCUGUGGCUCCAACACCAGACCGCUUUUUCACCCACCGGCUCAUGGUGUGGAUGCCCUACCACCAGUGGAAAGUUAGGGUGUUCUGUCCAACCUGUGGCAAGCAGCUGACUGGCUAUGGUGUACAUAAGAGAGUGCGCAAAGUCCUGGACAUUGAUACCUUCUAUCUGCUGGUGACAGAGAUCCUCAGGUGUACUGUGUGUCGCCUGACGUUUUUGUCUACCAGUCAGACAGUCCGGGACCAGCUAGACUUACCCCAUCAAAAGAUGUUCCGUCUCAUCCUGACACAGAAGUAUGCAUGUGACAUCCGCGUUAUUCGUCUGCUUUGGGACCGGACUCUGGGUAACAGCCCUACCCGACUGGUGAAGCAGUUAAAGGAGAACCACGGUGAGGAAUGGUUGAACCGGCUGGCCCACUACUUGGAGGAGUGUGCAAGCUUUGUGAACCGCCCCAGCCUUUUCCCAGUGGCCUGCCAGGAACCCCCUGAACCAAUAGAUGUGCCCACCAGUCGCUGGCUCCUGUCUGUGUAUGGCAGAGACAUCAUCAGCCGGAUGGAUCACAUCAAGGCCACCAUCACAUCCACCUUUGGGUCCAUUUUAAAGAUGGACUCAACUAAAAAGAUCACAAAGAAGUUGGCUGGCAUAGGCAGGGGGACAGCAUUCUGGCUGACCUCUGUGGGCAACGAGAUUGGGCAAAUCCUCAUCAGUGUUCUCACUGCUGAGGAGGGUGCAGGUCUGAACCUGAUGACAUCUGACCUGAUGAAGAGAUACAGCCAGGCUGGCGUGGCUCCUCCUAAGGUCCUGUAUGUGGAUUCCCACUGCUGCGUGGAGGAGGGACUCAGCAAGCUGCAGCAACGAUUUGCGCAGUGGCCCAACCUCCAAAUUAGGCUGGACAUCUGGCACUUUAUGCGGAGGAUGUCUGAAGGGUGCACCACAGACGCCCAUGCGUUGUAUCCCACCUUUAUGGCUGGGCUGUCAUCUUGUAUUUUUGAGUGGGAUCCAGAAGAUGUGGCUUUACUGCGCCGGGCAGUCCGUGAGCAGCUCAGACAGGAGGGUGUGUCGUUUAUUAGUGAUGCCUUGGUGGACAAGCGCAUUACUAAGAAUGACCUGGCUUUCCACUGUCGACGGAGAACUCGUGGAGAGCAGACCACCAUCCAGCUAAUUGACCGUCUGCUCCACGAGCUCUUAGGAGACAAGGGCAGAGACCUAAUGGGUAUCCCUCUGCUUGACAAGGUGAGGAUGGAGUACAUCUGGCGUGUUCAGAAACGACACAUUAGGUGUAUUCAGGAUGUGCCAGGGAUACCUCUAUACACAGAAACAGGCACUACCACCAAGGGGGGCAUUGUGCUUACAAGGUACAGAUGUGCCAGGGGGUCCAUAUCACUGGAGUCAUUUCACUGCCACCUGCAGAGAUUUAUUCCAGGAACCACUGCAAACAGCUUAAAUUUUCAGCUGUACCUCCUGGAAGGUCUCAGCAGGUGGAAUCAGGACAGAGCAGCUGCAUCCGUGGCUAGCCAGCCAGCCUCUCUGAUGACCUAUGCGGGGGAUGUCCUUCACUGUGUGAACACCAACAGCCUGAAGGUUUUUGGCAGGAAAUACGUCUCAUCUUUUCAACCCCCUGCAAAGUACACUGGAGAGCUGAUUGGUGUGGACUAUCUGCUAAGACAGACAGGACUGCCCCUGCAAGACGUCAAUCUGGAUUCAGAGGAGACUGAGGGCUUACUGGAGGACCUGGCAGAGGAAGACGAACAAGAAGAUGAGGGGUUUGAGGAGGACCAUUCAUUGGAUCUGACGUUCCCAACCUGCACCAUCGCCCUGUGUCCAGCCUGCACUGCUGCCCUCUGCCCAGCCUGGAUUGCCCCCUGUCCAGCCUGCACCAUCGCCCUGUGUCCAGCCUGCACUGCUGCCCCUGCCCAGCCUGGAUUGCCCCCUGUCCAGCCUGCACCAUCGCCCUGUGUCCAGCCUGCACUGCUGCCCUCUGCCCAGCCUGGAAUGCCCUCUGUCCAGCCUGAGGCCACCAUCACCCUUCCUGUUAGUGUCUCAGGUGACCCACAGCAGGUCCCUGAAGAGCAUUUGCCUGCACUUCUGCCCUCUGUCCAGCCUGCACUUCUGCCCUCUGUCCAGUCUGCACUGCUGCCCUCUGUCCAGCCUGCACUGCUGCCCUCUGCCCAGCCUGGAUUGCCCCCUGUCCAGCCUGCACCAUCGCCCUGUGUCCAGCCUGCACUGCUGCCCUCUGCCCAGCCUGGAAUGCCCUCUGUCCAGCCUGAGGCCACCAUCACCCUUCCUGUUAGUGUCUCAGGUGACCCACAGCAGGUCCCUGAAGAGCAUUUGGCAGUGGAUGAGCAUGGCAUGCCAGGUAUGGAUCGGGUAGACAGCUUGGCAGAGUAUCUGGUGGAGCUCAGGACACAAACAUCUCUGACCCUCAGCAGACAGCAGGCAAGCACCAUUGUGGCCCUGUGGCAGAACAUGCUUGAUUACGACAAGCAGCGGGUGGUGUUUGCUGCCAGGCACCAAGAUAAGCUGACAACUGGGAGAUUCCGGUCACCUAAAAAGAGGGCUGAAUUUACUCCUGGGAUGGACAGCUUGAAGAGAAGCGCCCUUACCACCACUGCUCCGCUGGCACAGUGGCCGGAUUGCUGCCGUCUUGUUGAGGCCAUUUUUGUAAGGCUUUGUGGCCUCCACAAGAGUCCAAAAAAACAAGGGCGGACCACUCUCACAAGAUGGUCACUGAUUCUUCAGGACUACCGCAAAAUACGGCAGCUUAUCUUAGGCAACGGCACCAUAAUGCAGGAAACAUCAAUACAGCUGGUGGAAGUUAACCAAACAACACUGAACCAGUGGCACAACCGCAGGGUGAAAAAGCAAGACAAUGCCCUUGUGUUGCAGGGCAUUGACCUUCCCAGUCGGGUCCCGGUGGCUGCUGAGACUCUCCUGGCAGCAAAUGUGCGUCCUGCUGUCACUCCACAGGUACCUGGUGAGCCACACACUUAUCACCUACCUGACAACACAACGGGACAGGCAGUAACUAAGAGGAUGGCAACUGAUGCAGUUGCGGCUGCCCCAGCAGCUGUUAGACCCAAGGUGGCGUCAAAGAGGCAGCUUUUUCCAAAGCCUCCAACCCCAGGGCCUCCUCAGUUCUUGCCGUCAUCUUCCAUGCCUCCUGUCCUCUUUGGUACCCCACAAACCCAUGUAAUUACUUUUAUUCCGCUUCCUAGUCAGCAGUAUCCCCUUACCCAAGCCAGUGUUUCUAAAGCAUUGCCUGCCACCACUUCUACCACAUCUGCUCGCCGAAAACCCUACCAAAAGAAAGUCCUCACAAACACCUGCAGGAAAUGUGGCCAGUACAGGACAGCUGGGACAGGGCACAGCCAGUAUAAGGGGACAAUCUAUUGCCCCUCGACAGAGGCGCUCUCGAAGGAGGAAUGGCUGGAGCAGAUGAGACGGAAGUAG